GAAGAUUCUCACCUUUGGACAGCAAGGAAAUCAAUGGAGAGAUACUGCGUGUAUUUUGCCAUUUUAUUGCAAAUACUUCAUAUUGCUCAAGCUCAAAAUCAAACUGGGUUCAUUAGUGUGGAUUGCGGUUUAUCUCCUCGCGAGUCUCCAUACGCACUCUCUACCGGUUUAACGUAUACAUCAGAUACCGGUUUAGUUAACAGUGGGAAAACCGGUAGAAUCGCCAAACAAUUUGAAACGGACUACAAUAAGCCGACAUUGACGUUGAGAUAUUUUCCAGAAGGAGUACGAAACUGCUACAAUCUAAAUGUGACCAGCGACACCAACUAUAUGAUCAAGGCCACAUUCGUGUAUGGAAAUUACGAUGGUCUUAGUGCCGACCCGGAUUUCGACCUGUACUUUGGUCCAAAUUUUUGGACAACGGUGAAUAGUAAUGAUACUAUAGAGGAGAUCAUCCAUGUCACGAAAUCCAGUUUGUUACAGGUAUGUCUUGUUAAGACAGGAACAAGUAUACCAUUUAUCAAUAUUUUGGAGCUACGACCAUUGAGAAAAAAUGUGUACGUUACUCAAAGCGGCUCACUACAGUACUUGUUCAGGGCAUAUUUUAGCAAUUCAGGACGUACUAUACGGUAUCCAGAUGAUGUAUAUGAUCGUAAAUGGUACCCGGUCUUCUUGGAGAACUCAUGGGCACCAAUAACUACGACUCUCAAUGUAAACACUUCUACUAUCUAUGAAGUACCAAAAGGUGUGAUGGCAACGGCGGCCAUGCCUUUGAACCCUAAUGCGACCUUGAACAUUACAUGGUCUUUAGAGACUCCUACUACACAGUUUUACUCCUACAUGCACUUUGCAGAGAUCCAGACAUUACGGGCCAGCGAUACAAGGGAAUUAAAUGUGACACUGAAUGGAAAAUACUCGUAUGGACCUUACACUCCUAAACCUUUUAAAACUGAGACUGUGCUUGACUUGAACCCAGAGCAAUGUGAUGGAGGGGUAUGCAUUUUGCAGCUUUUGAAGACGUCAAAAUCAACUCUUCCGCCUCUACUUAACGCUAUGGAAGCUUUCACCGUGAUUGAUUUCCCACAAAUGGAGACAAAUAGAGAUGAUGUUGCCGGUCUAAAAAAUGUUCAAGACAUAUAUGGAUUGAACAGAAUCAGUUGGCAAGGAGAUCCAUGUGUGCCCAAACAAUUUUUGUGGGAUGGUAUAAACUGCAAUAUCUCGGAUACUUCUAUGCCACCAAUAAUUACUUCUUUAGACUUAUCUUCAAGUGGAUUAAAUGGGACCAUCACGCCAGCCAUUCAAAAUCUUACUCACUUACAAAAUUUAGACCUAUCAAAUAACAAUUUGACUGGAGAAAUACCUGAAUUUCUAGCAGACAUAAUAUCACUCUUGGUCAUAGACUUUAGUGGUAACAACUUCACUGGCUCGGUUCCUCCCUCACUUCUUCAGAAAAAAGGAAUGAAGUUAAAUGUUGAAGGAAACCCUCACCUUCUUUGCACAGCUGGUUUAUGUGUGAACAAAGGAGAGGAUGGACAUAAAAAAAAGAGUAUCCUUGUACCAGUGGUUGCAUCGAUUGCGUCACUAGCUGUUAUUGUAGGUGCACUCAUCCUGUUCCUUGUUUUCAGAAAAAUAAAAGCGUCAAAAGUUGAAGGGCCACAACCAUCAUAUAUGCAAACACCAGACGGUAGAUCCCCUAGAUCAUCAGAACCAGCAAUAAUGACAAACAAUAAAAGGUUUACUUACUCAGAGGUUAUGACAAUGACAAACAACUUCCAAAGGACUCUUGGGAAAGGAGGGUUUGGAAUUGUUUAUCAUGGUUUUGUGAACGGUACAGAACAAGUAGCAGUUAAGAUGCUCUCUCAUUCAUCAUCUCAAGGAUAUAAACAAUUUAAAGCUGAGGUAGAACUUCUUCUUAGAGUUCAUCACAAGAACUUGGUCGCUCUUGUUGGGUAUUGUGACGAAGGAGAAAACUUAGCUCUUAUCUAUGAAUACAUGUCCAAUGGAGAUUUAAAGGAACAUAUGUCAGGAACACAAAACCGCUUUAUUUUGAAUUGGGGAACUCGACUUAAAAUACUUGUUGAAUCGGCACAAGGACUUGAAUACUUACAUAAUGGAUGCAAACCACCAAUGGUUCAUAGAGAUGUCAAAACAACAAAUAUAUUGUUAAAUGAACACUUCCAGGCUAAACUUGCUGACUUUGGGCUUUCAAGAUCAUUCCCGAACGAAGGUGAAACUCAUGUGUCAACUGUUGUUGCUGGAACUCCUGGAUAUCUUGAUCCUGAAUACUACAGAACAAAUUGGUUAACAGAAAAGAGUGAUGUUUAUAGUUUUGGGAUUGUAUUGUUGGAGAUCAUCACAAACCAACCAGUGAUUGACCAAAGCCGUGAAAAGUCACAUAUAGCAGAAUGGGUGGCAUUCAUGAUUACAAAAGGAGACAUCAUCAGCAUUAUGGAUCCAACACUAAAUGGAGAUUAUGAUUCUGGUUCUGUGUGGAAAGCUGUGGAACUAGCAAUUUGCUGUUUGAAUCCUUCUUCAGUAAGAAGACCUACCAUGUCUCAAGUUGUUAUUGGAUUGAAUGAGUGUCUUGCAUCUGAAAAUUCAAGGAGAGGACCAAGUACGGAUAUGGAAUCGAAGAGUUCUAGAGAAGUGAGCUUGACCAUUGCUACUGAAGUCAGCCCAAGGGCUAGGUAGAUUAUAUGUUUUUAUUUUAUGGAACUAUCUUCAUAUUUCUGUCUUGGAUAUGUCACCUUUGUUUAGCUUCUGUUAUUGAUUCUUUGUGACUAAUAAAGUUUAUCCGUACGUCU